AUGACCGUUAUGACGUUCGGCGCAACUUGCUCCCCUAGCUGUGCACAAUAUGUAAAAAAUAAAAAUGUUGAGGAGUUUAGCAGUCAUUAUCCUCAAGCUGCGCAGUGCAUCAUAAAUAACCACUACGUUGAUGACAUGUUCGAUAGUGUAGACACCGACGAAGAUGCGUUCCGUCUAGCAACGGACGUGCAACAAAUUCACCAAAAAGGCGGGUUUCUCAUCCGCAACUGGGUCUCCAACUCUAAAACGGUUCUUAAGCAGCUCAACGCCGAAUUUGCGGCAGAUAUCAACCUCGACUUAGAAAACGAUAUGUCAACCGAAAAGUCACACGUGUGUCAAAACACGAAAUGCGGAAACUUGGCUUCAGUCUGCAAUGGACUCCAUAGCAAGAUCGAAGAGAUAACCGUCUCUAUGGGUCGGUAUGGCAUACUGAAAGAUGCGAUCCAGGAAACGCAGUUGUAA